CUGAGUGCCCUCCCUGCCCGGCAGAGCCCCGGACCCAGCGGCAGCUCCAGAGGAGAAGUUGGAUUUGCAGCAGGGGAAGGAACACCUGGGCAGGAGCUGCUCUAGGACCUGCUUGUUUUCUCCAGGAAAGGUGACUGCAAGGGGUGGAAGAUGCUGGAUAAGGCCACCCUGCUCCUGUUCCUGCAUUUAGUCACAUGCUCCAUCUCCUCUCCUCUCUACCCAGCUCUCAGGUACAGUCCAGGGCCGGCUGCUGGCAAGGCCAUGAGCUUCCAGCUGCAGCACAGCAGCUCAUUGCAGAGCCAUUCCCCCCUGGCAGAGGAGGAGGAGGAGGAGGGUUUGUUAACAGACCCCACCGAGAAAAGGAUGCAGCGCCAUGCUGAUGCCAUAUUCACUGACAACUACCGGAAAUUCCUGGGGCAGAUUUCCGCCCGAAAAUUCCUCCAGACCAUCAUUGGCAAGAGGCUGGGAGGCAGCAAGAGCAGCCCAGGGGAAGGGGUGCAGGAGUUCCUGAGCAGGCGCCAGUCCGACAGCAUCCUGAUGGACAGCCAGUAUCAGCAGCAGAUGGUACUGAGGGACUUCCUUGGAGCCAUCCUGCACAACCAAAGGCUCCAGGACAUGCGCAGCAGUCGGCUAGAAGGCUUUCCCAGCACCCUGGCUAAGUUCAUGUAAAUACUUCUCCCUUUUCCAUCUCCCCAUGCUCUGAAUAAUUCAGAGCUCAUGGACCAAACUGUACAGUGAGCCCUUCAUGGCAGUGAAGACACUCCCAGAUGUGAGCAGCUGGAAACUGAUGCAUACACUCCUCAGAUCUGAUCAAAAGAAUGCAGUGCUGAAGCACUAAAUUCACUCCAGUCUUUACAACUUAACUCCCCUCUUGAAAUACUGCUCUGUACUAAAUCAGAAAAAAAACCCCCCACCUCUGUGGUU